AUGACGUUUCGUAAGAAGGGCACCAAGAACCCCCCAGUCCUGAGCCAGGAAUUCAUCCUGCAGAAUCAUGCGGACCUUGUCGCCUGUGUGGGGAUGUUCUUCGUGCUGGGGCUCAUGUUCGAGGGAACAGCAGAAGUGUCGAUCGUUUUUAUUACUCUCCAGCACGGUGUUACCUUCCCUGCCGAAGAAGCAGAAGAAAGAGCCACAGCACCUAAGUUCCUUUAUCAUUAUGGUGCCAAAGAUUUGCCCACAGUGUUCUUCUACAUGCUGGUGGCAAUCAUCAUUCACGCCACUAUUCAAGAGUAUGUCUUGGAUAGAAUUAACAGGCGAAUGCAGUUCCCCAAACCGAAACAAAGCAAAUUUAACGAAUCUGGUCAGUUUAGUGUGUUCUUUCUUGUCUCUUGUAUUUGGGGCACAUUCAUUCUACACUCUGAAAACUGCCUGUCAGACCUGUCUGUCUUAUGGAGGGCUCAUCCCAAUAACAUGAUGACAUUUCAGAUGAAGUUUUUCUAUAUCUCACAGUUGGCUUACUGGUUUCACGCCUUUCCUGAACUCUACUUCCAGAGAAUCAAACCUCAAGAUCUCUCCCAGCAAGUUGUCUACGUUGGUCUUCACCUCUUUCACCUUGCGGGAGCUUACCUCUUGUACUUGAAUCACCUGGGACUGCUUCUCUUGAUGAUGCAUUAUUUUGUGGAAUUCCUUUCCCACUUUUGCGACCUGUUUUAUUUUAGCGAUGAAAAGUACCAGAAAGAGUUUUCUCUGUGGGCCAUUGUGUUUAUUUUGGGUCGACUCGUGACUUUAAUUGUUUCUGUGAUCACUGUUGGUUUUCACCUGGCUGGAGGGCAGAAUGGGAAUUCGGAUGGCACUACCGAAGAUGUGAACGUGUUGGCAGCGAAAAUUGCUGUUCUGUCAUCCAGUUGCACUAUCCAAGCAUACAUAACAUGGAAUUUAUUUAAUGUUCAGCUUCAGAGGUGGAUGGAAGAAGAUGCUCCUCUUCAGGCCCCAAGUGUGAAGAAGAAACGGACUAAGGGCAGGUUUUCUAGAAAAGGAACAGAAAACGGUGUGGCAACUUCAAAUAGAGUAGACUCUCCCCCUAUGAGGAAAGAAAAAUCUUCAUAA